UUUUACGGCGAAUCGCAGACAAAUCUGUGCAUUAUCGCCACCUAUCUUGAAAUGGAGUUUACUCUUCUGUUUCCAAUGAGGUUUAAAUCUUUGUCUAUGAGCUUGACUGAUGAUUGAUUGAGUGACUGCCAUCAGCUGGGCUUGGGGAUUGCUCCUCAGCUGGUUUGUGUGCGUAUCCAGGGGCAUGCAAGCAAAAGAACACGUAAAAACUCUCUGCACAGUCUAAUCACACACACCUGAUCCAGCUAAUCAAGCUCUCCAGGAUUAAACUCCCAAACAGGUGUGAGCUGGAGCUAAACUGUGCAGAGCUGAGGCCUUCCAGGAAUUGAGGUGGAGAUCUCUGAUAUAAAGCAAGUACAAAUUUUCUGCUGCUUUCAUGUGGGUCCAUUUGAACCUAGACGUAGUUUGAUUGUCCAAUAACUACAUUCAUAAACAAUAAAGGAAUUAUAUCAUUAUAUCUUCAUCAACUCAGUAUAAGCCUACACGUGAAGACGAUCAAGUUAAUGAAAGAACAGCGAGGACAUGAGUCAUCCAGAACCCUGCAGAAAAACAUGUGAAGUUACUGAAAGACAAAGAGACCCGGUUAAAAAAAAUGAAGAUGGUGAACAACUGAGUGAGGCAGGGGAAAAACCUGCCAAAAGUGGAGAAAGUAAGUUUUUGCUGAAAAGAAGAGCCAAAAAAUCUUGCACCUGCUCUCAGUGUGGAAAGAGUAUCUCCUGCAAACAAAAUCUUAAAUUUCACAUGAGACUUCACAGUGGUGAGAAGCCACACGUGUGUGAUCAAUGUGGGAUGAGUUUUGCACGAAAAGACUCUCUUAUUACUCACAUGAAAAUCCACACCGGAGAGAAACCGCACGCAUGUGAUCAGUGCGGGAAGAGAUUUGCACUGGCAAGAACUGUCAGAUUACAUCUGCUUUCUCAUUCUGGAGAAAGACCAUAUACCUGUAAUCAGUGUGAGAAAAGCUUUUCUUAUCCAGAUAACCUGAAGAGCCACCUAAAGGUUCACACUAAGGAGAAGCCUUAUGUGUGUUCUCUGUGUGGAAAGAGUUUUCCACGACUCGGUGCUUUUAAAUUACACCAGAAAAGACACAGCGGUGUGAAAGAGCAUAUGUGCUUUGAUUGUGGGAAAACCUUCUUUACACAUGAUCAACUGAGACGACACCAGAUGACCCACAGUGGAGAGAAACCUUACAAGUGUUCACAAUGUGACAAGGCAUUCUCUCGUCCAGAACAUCUGAAAAGACACGAGAUGACCCACACUGGAGAAAAGCCACACAGUGCGGGAAGUGUUUCACAUGUGUAAAUGGUCUUAAAUCACAUCUGCUUUCUCAUUCUGGAAAAAAGACCAGUGUAAAAAAAAAAAACAUUUCUUCAAAUGAGAAAUUCUGAACUUGUUUUGAAAAACAGGACUCAGAUGUUUGUCAAACCACUUUCUAAAUGUCAAAGAGACUGUAAUUUAGUUUAAUUGUCAGUUCAGUUACAGCCAAUUCAAUUGAGCACUGGGCAAUUCCAGUGUUGAACCUGUUAAAGAUCCGGUGAAUUCAAAUGUUUAAUACCAUUUGAGCUUCCUGUUAACUCUGAUCAGCGAUGCAAUACAUUUUUUUUU